AUGUCUUUGAUCAUCACCCCUGAAUGUAACACGACGUUUGCUUACAUUGACACAGCCAACAGUUAUGUGCGGGAGAACAUCGCCUCUUUGGUGAAAACUCCUUAUUUCAGACACUUCAAACUUGACUUGGACAAACAGUGUAAGUUCUGGAACGCCCAACACUUCUGUGCCACCGAGAACUGUGCCGUUGAAGUCUUGCCAAUCUCGGAAUACGACUGGGAACACGUUUCGAAUGAAGAUGUUCGUCCCAAUAAGCUUGCGCAGAUUAGCGUGGAAGAUGGCACCAAUCUGACUUGUGAUGAAGAGUACACUUUUAUCGAUGACGGCCAUGAAUGUGUUUAUGUUGAUUUAGUCGAGAACCCAGAGAGAUUCACCGGUUAUGGUGGUACUCAAUCUUUUGAUGUUUGGAAAGCUAUCUACCAGGAAAACUGUUUCCCUGAGACAACCGUCAAUACUGCGUUUGCAAAUGGCGACGUAAUGAACUUGACAAGCUCAACAGAUGGCAUUUGUACUGAGAAGCAAAUGUUUUAUCGUUUGGUUAGUGGGAUGCAUGCUUCCAUUGCCGUUCAUUUAUCCAAUGAUUACUUGAACCCAGAAACUGGGGAAUACUAUGCUAAUUUGAAGGCAUUUAUGGAAAGAGUUGGUGCUUACAAUGAUAGAUUAUCGAAUAUCUACUUCAAUUAUGCCUUGGUAUCUUCUGCCAUUGCCAAAUUGAACACUAUUAGUCCUGUGAUUGAUUCUAUUAAAAGAGACGAAGGAAAAAUCCCCUUUGAUCAAUUGGUUGACUAUGAAGGGCCUUUGGAUGCCUUAACUACUAUGUUUUCGCAAAGUAAGUUGAUUGAUACCUCAUCUCUUUUUGAUCCUGAGGUCGUAGGUCCAACUUUGAAAGACGAAUUUAGAGCAAGAUUCAGAAACGUCUCUGCUAUCAUGGACUGUGUUGGAUGUGAUAGAUGCAGAAUGUGGGGGAAAGUUCAAACUAUUGGAUAUGGUACUGCUCUUAAGAUUCUCUUUGAAACUGAUGAAGAAAAAGAUGAUAUCACUUUCAAAAGAACGGAAUUGGUGGCAUUAUUCAACACUUUUGAUAGACUUUCCAAGUCUAUCGAAUCUAUUAAUAAUUUCAAAAAGUUGUAUUUACAACAUCUUGAUGACGUAGCUACUGGGAAGGCAACUUUAGGUGAUUAUGAAAAUUCCACAAACACUUUUGGCUUCCCAUUUGUUGGUGAGGCCAUUGCAAAGGGAAGAAGUGGGUCAUUACCGUCAUCAUCAUCAAGAAAAAACUCCCCUCCUACUAGUAAAGAAGAAGGAUCAACUGAAACAAGCCCCAUUAACGGUGAAAUUGCAACUCGUCUGCAAUGGCUGUUAGCUACAGAAGAAGUAUUCCAGGCUAUAAAGUUUGUGUUAAACUCUUAUGUGACAUUACCUGGAUCCGUUUACACUUUUAUAAUGGCAUAUGUUUCCCAAAUCUGGGAUAAAUUUGUGGGUAGACCUGAUAUUCUGUUCUAUGGCCAAACAGUACACACAAUCGAUGGCCAGACAGUACAGGGUCCCAUUUACGUUAAUUCGGAUGGAGCUCCUGUGUACCAGGUUUUGUAA